CAUAUAUCGAUAAAGAAGUACCUGAUGGACAUUUCUACGCAGAGAUUUGCCAUGAACGGAAGAAGUAUGAGACUCCCUCCUGGGUUCAGGUUUGAUCCGGAUGAUGAAGAUCUUGUGUUCGAGUAUCUCGCCAAGAAGGUACUCCACCGCCCGAUGGACUUCGACCUCCCUGAGCUCCGUUCUUGCAAUGUUGAUCCUUGGGACUUACUAGGAGAGAAGAACAAGGAAGUGUAUUACUUUGUGAAGAAGGAAGAGCGAGAGAGAAAGGGAAGAGAGACGUUGUCGGGCUAUUGGGAAGAGUGUGAAGAAGAGGAAGUUAUGGAAUCUGGUGAUCGUGGUUGUAAUCAUUUAGAAGGAAGGAGAAAGACAUUUGCUUUCUAUAUUGGAAAAAGACCUCGAGGAACAAUAACUCCAUGGAUCAUGUACGAGUUCCGUCUUAUUUCCUCUAGAGCUACAAGGUGGUCAUUGUCCCCUCUGCCUCGGGGUGAGGUAGGGAAAUGGAGGGCGGUGAAGGUGGUCGUAAAGGAAGAGAAUGAUGCGGAGGUCGAGGAGGAUGAACAGGCGUCGGACGAGUCAGAUGGUGAAGAAGUUGUUCAAAGCCGGUGACAAACCGAUCGAGGUUGAUUAUAUAUAUUUAUAUUAUAUGCGCAAAUGGUUUAUAAGUGGCGAAUCAUUUGUGUUUAGUUAGUAACUUAGUAUUGGUAGAAUAUUAGGGAACAUCUAAAUGAAAAUGAGGAUGCUUUGAUUUGUCUUAUUGUCUUCCGAGCACUUUGGAAUGUAGGAGAGGGAACAAGUUGCUUUCACUCUCUUUUCUUGUUUAUUCUUCUUCGAUCAUAUAUCCAGUUAUCUAUUAUCCUUCAUCAUUAUUUUAUUUUGAAUUCGGGAUUCCUAAAAUAAGGAUCCCCUAAAAUAUACACAUGGUUGGCUCAUGCGGCUUAUUGACUUUAUUUGAUGUAGAGAUUUUAGACAUUUUAGGAUAUAUUAC